GUAUGUUAUUUUCGUUCAGCACUGUUCCUCCUGCUAAAUAACAAAAUUGUAGUAGAAUAUUAAGUGGGACUACUUUCCACGCGCGGAGUAGCAUUUCGUUUUAUAUUUGCGUUGUGAUCUUAUAAACCUUGUAAUCUUGCGUAAACCAACGUUGCAUUCGUCGUAGUGACGCUUUAUUUGGAUUGUCGCCAUUGUCGGAUAAGUUGUUAUUAAAAAGGUUUCGCCGAAUACUCUGAAAUAUAAUUCAAUUAGGUAAUUUAAUUGGUUUUUGAACUAUAUGUGAUGAUUUUAAACACAUGUUUCUAAAAAGUAUAUUUUUUAGAAAUUACCAAAGUAAUUUUUACAAAGUUAAUGUUUAGGCCUACCUCAAGAGGAUGGACAAUUCAAACUCCGUGAUUGCCAAAAUGUAAUGAAUAUACUUCAUUCAUAGACUGUUUCAUGUAAGGACUUUUUGGCUCGAAAAUAAAAUGUUUUCAAUCAUUAAGAAGAUUAUAAUUAGGAUGGAGAAUGUUCCAAUUAUUCUCCUACUCACCCUUGCUACAUUAGUCAUGAUGUCUUUUGAGGCAUUGUUUUUUAAGUUCAUGAAGAAAAUGUUAGCAAAAAUCAGAUUUUCUCCGUGGAAUAGGAGUUACUUUAUAUCCGCCAUAUGGAAUCUGAGUUUCAUAUUAGUGAGCAGCAUGAUCAUCAUCAUGAUGAUUGAUGGCUCUUUAACUGACUUGUUCCUGCCUAUUGCAGGAAAUAUUGAUCUCAAUGAAGAACUAGUAUGCUGCAAAACCCAUCAGCACAAACAACAUCAGAUUGAUGUAUCUGGAGUUACAUCAGGAUUUGUCAUGCAUUUUGGAUACUUUAUGUCAAGCACCAUAUAUGCAAUAGGUCAAAAAUCUUACAAAUCACUAGAAUUCCUGAGAAAGCAAAUUAUUUUUGCAAUAAUUUUGCUAACCUACUACUCAAAGUGCCCAUUGUAUGGACUAUGCAUUUUGCUGAUAUCACACAGAAGCUCAUUGUUGCAAAAUGCAACUAAACUCUGCAUUUUGGUUGGACAUCACACAAAUUCUGCUAGACUGGCCGCAUUCUCUUUGGGAAUUUUUGUAUACUAUGGUGCUAUUUGGUUUGUGUCAUUUGUAAUAGAACUCCCAAUGUUCCUGUCUAGAAACAAAACAAUUGAAUCAUCAAUGAUGUUUGCGGAACUAAAUCUGUUGAUCAUUAUACAUGGCCUAGUGGUUAUGUAUGUGAUUAUUUCACUGUUUGAGGGCCCCUGUUCCAGAAUGAUAAUAGCGUACAUAACUCAUGCACCAGACACUGAGAAAAACUUAAAAUUCUACCUAUUUGGGGCUAAUUUGGCACAUAGAAUGACUUCCAGUGUGUCUGCAUCCAACAGACGAGACAUGGUGAGGCAAAAAUCGAGAGCCCUCAUGCAGGUAAUCAAAACCACGAUAGUUUUGAAACGAAAACUGAGAGAGGCUAGAGACCGUAUGGCUGUAAGACGCGCCAUUCAAGAAGCUGCUGCGAAUCUGGAAGUUCCAUCCCAAGGUAUUGCACAUUAUCAAGAAACGCCUAGGCGACCUAAAAGGUUAAUUAAGAAUAAAGAUAGAACGUCAGCUCGUCAAAGAACAAUGGGACAGCCACUGUUGCAUAGAAAUGAUAUUGCUUCUCCCACCAUCAUAGACCUUCAGACCGAACAACCUGAAACAUCUCAGCCCAAGAGAAUUCCACCACUGGUUGAUUCUAGUGAAGAGUCACUCUUAGCUUAUCAGUCACAGGCUCAGCGACAAAGGAGACCACUACGUAAGCGCGAAGAAACUAACUUGGAUCAACAAAGCUCCCUACCAAGAAGUACAACUGAGGAAGGUGAAACUGACACUGUAAGUCUACAGUCUGUCUUGUCCCGUGAUACCCCUCAACAUUCUUACAUGUUGAGACCUAGACCAGGCACUUCUGGAAUGCCAUCUUUAAGAGGAAAAAGAAGUCGCUUGGAAUAGAUAGUUAAACAGACCAUUUGUAUGUUAAGUUCCUGUUUAAUUUGAUAUUCAAUUUCAAAUGUUAAAGAUAUGUGUUAAUGUCUACUUUGGUUAUCUAUUUGAUCUCAUGUAAAUGUGUUCCUAUUUGUUGUUUGUGUUACAAUUUAUUGUUUAAUGGAGCAUUAAUCUAAGGCCUUUUUAAAUGUUAAACAUAAGAAAGUCUAUUUUAUUUAUCUACUUGAUCUCAUGUAAAUGUUCCUAUUUUUUGUUUGUGUUACAACUUGUUAUCUCACCAUGUGUUCAACUUAGGCCUUUUCAAAUGUUAAACAUAAGAAAGUCUAUUUUAGUUAUCUACUUGAUCUCGUGUAAAUGCUACUAUUUGUCAUUUAUUGGAGUGUCCAACUAAGGCUUUUUUAACCCUUUUAGUGCCGCGACCUUGAACGCCUUCCUAGCUGUAAAGUGCCAGGCCAAUCUGAGCAAAAAUGUAAGUGUUUGGUUAAAAAAUCCAUUUUUUGUGAUAGACUCAUAGAAUUUGUUGUUGUUGUUGUGUUCUAUGAUAAAUGUUGCAUAACUGUGUUUGUUAGUUAUUGUAAAAAAACUUGUACUAAAUAUUUAUAAUCUUAAACAAAAAUUUUAAAAAAAAUUUGACUUUGAGUCCAUAAAUGAUAACUGUAGAAUUUUUAUUGAUUAAAACAAUUAAUACAUUUGCAAAGUGCAUCUAAAACUGAACAAAAUCAGUACAUAAUAUUAUAUUAUUUUCAAGCAACAAAAAAAAUCUUUUUUUGGAAAACAAAAAUACCUUACAACGCGUACCAAACGCAAAUCUAAGGUCUAAUCAGAACAGUAAUGCAAACCAUUGUACCCACUAUAAGAAACAGUAAAAACAAUGUAAUAGUAUAUACUAAAUGCUUAUUUGAUUGAAAAAUGCAUUAUAUAAUGCAAUAUAAUCAUUAUGCAAUUGCAAAAUGAUUAUUUUGAGACGGAUAGGUUUCUAUUUUCCGGAGUCGAGGCAGCGAAACCUCUUCCUCUUUCUCUACGGCCUCUUUGUUUCAUUCCUAAUUUAGGUUUGGAAUGGUCAGUGGAGGGUUCAGUGUCACUAGGACAGUAGUCCUUGUCCUCAUCUGUGCCAUCCACAGUAGUGUCUGACACAUCCAAAUCAUAGCCUAUAGGCCUAGCUAGGUUAGGUCCGUGACGACGGCAUUUUUCGCACCGAUACCCGUCGUCACGGAGCGUGACUCGCAGCACUAAAAGGGUUAAAUGUUAAACCUAUGUUAAUGUCUAUUUAAUUUAUCUACUUAAUCUCAUGUAAAUGUUAAAUGUUACUAUUUAUAAGGAUAAAUAAAAUAAAGUUAUUUUAUACUUUAA